CCCGCUUCCUCCGCCCCAGCUUCCGCGUCUCAGCCGGGGUAGCCGCCUCCCGAGUGGGUGCUGGAGUCCUACCCGGCUUCGGAGCUGGAGUCGGAGCGGGGGGCCGGAGUUAGACCAGGAGCCUGGGCUGAAGCAACGGGCACGGACUCCCUGCGAGAUGGACGGGACAGAAGGUAAUGCUGGGCAACCGGGCCCCGCUGAGCGGUCCCAUCGAAGCAGCGUGUCCUCCGUGGGAGCCCGAGUCUCCGUUGCUGCAGCAGCUGACGUGCUGGUGUACCUGGCGGAUGACACAGUGGUGCCCCUGGCCGUGGAGAACCUGCCCUCGGUUAAUGCCCACGAGCUGCACCGGGCGGUCCGUGAGGUCCUGCAGCUCCCGGACAUCGCCCUGGAGGCCUUCGCACUCUGGCUUGUCUCUCCUCUGCUGGAGGUACAGCUGAAGCCCAAGCACCAGCCCUACAAGCUGGGCCGCCAGUGGCCGGACCUGCUGCUCCGCUUCACCGACGCCCCCGACGACGACGUGGCCACGGACGAGCCUUCCCUGCAGUUCCGAAGGAACGUGUUUUUCCCAAAGCGGCGGGAGCUCCAGAUCCACGACGAGGAGGUCCUGCGGCUGCUCUAUGAGGAGGCCAAGGGCAACGUGCUGGCUGCGCGGUACCCGUGUGACGCGGAGGACUGCGAGGCCUUGGGCGCCCUGGUGUGCCGCGUGCAGCUUGGGCCCUACCAGCCCGGCCAGCCCACCGCCUGCGCCGUGAGGGAGAAGCUGGACUCCUUCCUCCCCGCCCACCUCUGUAAGCGGGGCCACGGGCUCUUUGCCGCCCUCCGGGGCCGCGGGGCCAAGGCCGGGCCAGGCGAGCAGGGCCUGCUGAACGCCUACUGCCAGGUGAAGGAAGCCAUCGGCAGCGACAGCGAGCACGGGGCCUCCCUCAGCCCCCACUACCGCGCCUACCUCCUCAAGAGCCACGAGCUGCCCUUUUACGGGUGUGCCUUCUUCCAUGGUGAGGUUGACAAGCCGGCCCAGGGCUUUCUGCACCGGGGCGGGCGAAAGCCAGUGGUUGUGGCCAUCAGUCUGGAGGGCGUGCAUGUCAUCGACAGCAGGGAGAAGCACGUCCUGCUGGGCCUGCGUUUCCAGGAGCUGUCGUGGGACCACACCUCCUCCUCCGAGGAGGAGUCUGUCCUGUGGCUGGAGUUUGAUGGGGACAACGAGGGCACCCCGGUCAACAGGCUGCUCAAGAUCUACUCCAAGCAGGCCGAGCUGAUGAGCGGCCUCAUCGAGUACUGCAUUGAGCUGAACCAGACUUCAGAGUUCGCCGCCCCCCAGGAGACCGUGUCCAGCCCACCCUCGGCCGCCGGCCCCCUGCCCCCUUCCGCUCAGCGGCCGCGGCUGCGGAGGGAGGACAGCGUGGUGUGCAGCCGCCUCCAGCACCUGUCCACCAUCGACUACGUGGAGGAAGGCGAGCAGAUCAAGCGGGUGAAACCGAAGCGCACCACGUCCUUCUUCAGCCGGCAGCUGUCCAUGGGCCAGGGGACCUACACCGUGGUGCAGCCCACAGACAGCCUGGAGCAGGGGUGAGGGCAGCGGCCAGGCAGGGGGAGGGCAGGGCCUGGCCGAGCGCUCUUCUCCCGGAGGGCUGGGACCCAGCGCCAGGCAGGAGGACGACCUCAGGGAGAGGAAGUGGCUUUCUGCGUGGGAUGGGACGUGGGCUGCGCCGAGCUGCCCGGGGACCCCUGCACGGUCUCCCUUGCAGCCUGCCCACCCUCCCCCGUACCCAGCCCCGCUGCGGUCUCAGGAGCGUCUUGAGGCUCCGGCCGCCUCCUCCCAGCCAGGGACUGGCCUUCAUGCCCCUCUUGAGAUGGAUGGUGUCCCCUGCUCUGAAGUCCUCAGUGGUGGCUCUGAUGGCAGGCGGCGAUGAGUAUGGUUUGGGACCCGCAGAUCCGGUGUGUGUCUGGUUUCUUCCCUGGACCUUGGUGACCAUGUCCCCGCAUUCCUUCUGCCACAUUCCCCCCUCACUGCCUGUCUGGGCAUGGCUCUGUGGGGCAGGAGGGGGCCUGCGUGCCCUGAGCCGCAGGAGGACCAGAAAAGGCCCCCCUCUCGUGCCAUCCCUGGCCGAAUGAAACUAGGGGAGCCAGGCAGGGCCCGGCUCAGGGGGCAUCUUGUGCCACAACACACUCUGACCCGAAGGAAAGUGCCUUUCUGCCAGCCUUCAGUGACAACCGUGCUGGGAGGUGGCCACCCUGGUGACCGACGCGUCCCUAGACCCACACUCCACACCUGAAGAGGCUCCCAGCACCCUGGGCUUCGGGGUUUGGUUUUGUUCUUCAUCCGCUUUGGCUCUCGGCCACCUGUGACCUCGAGGGCAGCUGGAGAGGAUGCUCCCGCCGACCCCAGAACGGCUGGUCCCUCAAGAUGGCUCCGUGGUGGCCGUCCGCCUGCCCCUUGGGGCGGCCCACGCAUGAGGCUGUCCCGUGCGAGCUGGUGUCCUCUUGGCAGGAAGUCUAGGGAGGCUGGGGGUGGCUUCUCCGCUGCCUCAGCCUCCUGCCUUCUCCGGGGGCCCAGCGGCGGGCCUGCCCAGUCCCAGGGCUCCUCCGCGGUGGGUCCCCAGCUCUCCCGGAGCAUCCUGGGACUUCCCGCAGGGCCGAGGCGGGCUGGGCUCAGCACUGGGCCCUGCUGUUCUCCCCUCCCCUGGAGAGCCUGGGCAGAGGAAAUGCGAGCUUGCCUCUGGGGGCAGAGCCCACUCACUUGGUGGUCUUCCUUUCGGUGACAUUUGCGCACUCCACGCUCUGGGUGGGCUUGCUUCUGGCAGUAGGGACUUAGGUCAUUCAUUACAACAAAUAGGCGUCCCCAGCCUUCUGGAAUGUCCCAGCCAGAGAACAUCUUGUCUCCCCUCUGGAGUCACCAGACCUGAGUGGCUGCCCAGCCCACCUGGCGCUCUGCCAUCGGGCUCUCUCUUCCCACCUGUUGUUUGGACGCAGGUGACUUUAUCUGCUGGGCUGGCCGGCUGCGGGGAGCGGGUGUGGACACAUGACUUGUUUCACUCUCCUGCCUCCUUGCUGUUCUCCGAGCAUCCCUUGUGCCAUGACCUUUUCUGCCUGCCCUUUGGGACAAAGCAGUAUUUCACCAAGUUCCUCGGAACAUUCUCAUUCUUUUGUAUCAUGUGACUUAUUAAUAAUAAAAUGAAUUUCCAGCAAA